AUGACGGAGGCCACCCUUACCUCAAUUUGCCCAGCGAACAAAAGUUUCAUCGAAACUACAAGAGUGUACAAUAAUCCUCAGCCUCGAAAAAAGUCCUACAAAAGUGUUCCCACGCAUGGGAUCUGCUUUGACAAGGACACGCUGGUCGAUUUGGCCUCUGAUGGAAAAGAAAAAAUGUACUCGGAUGGAGUCAAGAUUGGUAACUGGUUCGAGGACAGAAAGAAAAUUUGCCAGAAGAACUGGUACUGCGAUCAAAAUGUCGACCUGAGCACAAGAGAUGUCACUCCAUCGAGUCACGUCGAUUAUAAGAAACAUAAAUGCGUAGGCUACGAAUACUCAACUCCCGCUCACGUGUCCCGAGAAAUUUAUACCAAGCCGCACUUUCUUUUCAAGCAUCACGGAAACCGAUAUGAGACAGCAGAGAUUCGCCACAUGUCUACGUACGAGCGCGAGUGCAAAGGUGGCAUCUUGUCGCGUGAGUUGCGCAAGUGGAAUAGACACAGUCUUCAUUAUUAUCCAGAGCAAUCAACAAUUAAACAAGAAAAGCCAAGAACGGACUUUAUGAACAAGACGGCUGCUAGACAUGCUAACGAACGGGCUGAAACUAGAGCUGUUAAAAAGUCGACUGUUCACGCUUCUUUCCAGCCUCAUUCCUUGGAGAACAAGGAAAAAGCAGAAGCGAUCCCAAAGAGCUACAGCUCCCGACUGGAACCCAUCUCGCGAAUCAACAAAAACCUCCACUUCCGAAACCGUCGAACCAACCUGGUGCCCGACUCCUUCCCAAACAUUGAACUCAUCGAGGCCAAACUGGCGCACAUCAAGGCAAUCCGCGAAGCUAAAUCUUCUGCAUAA